AUGGAAGGUGGUGAAAUGGUGAAUCAAAGCUCCAACCUAAGCGAAGAAUCAGACGUUAAUCCAGUUCAGGUGAAGAACGAUGGUUCAGUUAAGGCUAUCGUUCAUGAUAUUCCAGAUCCAGGAAGUCCCUACUAUUUGCAUCUAAAUCCAAGAAUUUCUGAUCUACAUGAUGAAAUUAACAAAUUGCAACAAGGUGACAAUUCGGUCAGUGAUUACUACACGAAGUUAAAGAUCUUGUGGGAUGAACUUGAAGCCCUGCAACCUACACCUGCAUGCCUCAAUGAGCAAUUUACUCAUGUGAGGUCCCAAAUCAUGUUGAUGGACCCAUUACCAAAUGUCAAUCGUGUGUUCUCCUUAGUGACUCAACAAGAAAGACAGAUGGUGCAACUGGAAGGUAAUAUGCCUAAACUUGAAACUUCCAAAGUUUUUUACAAUUUUGCUGAUCAAGCCUUUGAGAGAGGGCGUGGAAUUACCCGUGGAAGAGGUCGUGGAUUCUCAACGGGACGAGGAAGAACAGGAGGAUCUAGAUUGUGUACUUAUUGUGGAAAAACAAGUCACACAGUUGAUACUUAUUUUGAAAAACAUGGAUAUCCUCCUGGAUAUAGACAAAGGAAUCCUACACAUAAAGAAAAUGUAGCCACUGUGACAGAUCAAGAUCAAAGAGCAGAGAUACAAUCCUCAAUCAAUCCUACUGAUGAAGGGAAAGACAAAUUCACUAAGUACCAGUAUCAAACUAUACUGGAUAUGAUUCAGCAGCAAAUGCAACGGCAGAACUCAACCACACACAUGAGCAAUGUGGUAAGGACUAAGGCCUACAACAUGAACACUGAAUCUUCUGAAUCUCCAGGUGUUGCGAAUCUAGCAAGUGUUCUAGUCGUACAACAUCGAAUUUGCAUCAUUCAGCAGACACCAUCAAUGAAGAUGAUUGGUUCUGCUGAGUUGGAAAGAGGGUUGUACGUUCUCAAACAAAACUGUAAAUGUGAAGAUAAUUCAAGCAACAAUAGGAAGGAUAACUUGAAGACAGAGAGAGAAACUGGUUUCUCUAAAACUAGUUAUCUGGUAGAAAAUUGUAUUGAUGAUGUAUGGCAUUUGCGUUUAGUACAUUGCUCAAAGGCUAUAAUAAGAGCCAUGAUGCUCCAUUAUCCUUUCAUUAAGUGUAAGAACAUUGAUGGUCCUUGUGACACCUGCCAUUUAGCAAGGCAAAAGAGAUUAAAUUUUCCUAUUAGUCAUACUGUAUCAAGUUCAGCAUUUGAUCUUAUGCAUAUUGAUAUAUGA